UUCCAAAUAGAGGAGUUUGAAACUCAAAGCAUCGUUGAAGGAAUUGAAUCUUUCGUUUUCGACAAAUUCAUUGUUGGGUGUGCAAAAGUUAACGGCUACUGAAGAGGUAAAUAAGCCUCCCCCACUUCCUUCUUACCCACAGCAUUGAACGACAAGAAUGGUUCAAACAAGACUUCAAUAUCCUAAUACAUAGAGUCAAAGUAUGGAGAUUUGCCCACAAGCCAUUCCACUCUCCUUUCUCUCCACCUUAACAGAUUGAAAGAAACAGGAGAGCUUGUGUUUUGGAAAAACAAUUACAUGAAAGCCGAUCCCAAUGCCCCACCAAGGUGUGGCCGUGGUAGGCCUCCAAAACCCAAGGUUCCAUUGCCACCUGGUAUGGUUUUAAGCUCCGGAUGGCCUCGGGGCCGCCCUCCUAAGGACCCCAAUGCUCCCCCUAGGUCCCCCAAGCCUUCCGGGAGUGGGAAACCACGUGGAAGGCCGAGGAAGAUGGCUCGACCCGAGGGGGAAAUAGGUGGGUGCUCCACAACUAUGACAUCGACCUCGGCCGUAAGGAGACGUCCCCCUAAGGUCAAGGCUUCAACAUUGAAUGAAAAUUUGCAGGGAAUUUGUUACUGUGAGAAUUGUGCGUCUGAGUUUGAAGUGUUCUUGUAGAAAAAUCUAAUGUAGUUGUGCCUGAGAGGCU